AUGCCAACUCCAGCGCCAACGGAACCAUGCCCGACGCUUACGCUGGUGCCCGAAAAAACCGAAGCGCUUCCAACUGAAGAAAUAACCGAGGCGGACGCAACAUCUUCACCAAUGAACCCCUGUCCGAAGCUUACGUUUGCCUACGAAACAGAGGAUGACCAAGACGAGGUAACGACCGAGGAGUACUCCACGCCAUCAUCGACGAUACCGUGCCCGAAGCUUACAUUGGUGCUUGAAACAGAGACUUCUCUCAAUGAGAAAAUGAUCGAUGAACUUAUGGCCCCGGGAAGCGGUCAGGAUAAAGAGUCUUUCGAGUCCUACACACCCGAUGUCAGUGAUGUCCUGCUGUCUUCUCUAACCGAUGCCUUGAUGAAUACAUCUGGCCCGCAAACGGAUGAAGUGGCUUUAGGGGUUAAUAGUCCAUGUCCCGAGGGCAGCACAAAUCAGGAGCGGGUGGUGAAAUACAAAGCUGCUGAAAGGGGUGCAAAUGCCGACAUGGAGUCUAAACCGACGAAUAUCCCUACGACCGACACAAUAGAUGUCAUUAACCUGACCGACACAACGAAUGCCAACGCGAUGGACGACACAAUGGAUACUAUGACUACGUAUGACUUUAGCACCGCUCAAGAUUUGGGUGACACGUUCUCACAUUCGUUACACACACAGAACCGCAACCUCCGUUCGAACUGA